AGGCACCGCUAACAGGAAGGCCAUAAGGCGCGGAGCAGAGCCUGCACUCAGGACAGUAAUCACGGCAACAAUGGAUCGAGUGAGGUCUGCGUUUAACAGCGUGAUUAAAAGUGAGCGGUACAGCAGGUUCACUCUGCAGCCUGAGGAGGAUGGAGAACGACAUGUCGAGGUCAAACUGCAUGAUCACUCCACGGAUGACGCCACUGAGGUCGGCCAGGCGGGAGGCUCGCCGAGCUUCAGGCCAGCACCUCCACGUCAGAGCCGAAAUACCCUCUGCUACAUGGCCCUGGGACUCCUCCUGGUCUUUGUUAUUGGGUACAUGGUUGGAUUCAUAAGCCACCGUAAACCUCGGGUGGAGGCAGUGAGUUGUAAUAAAGCGGUGCAAGUGGAAGAACAGCAAGAACAGGAAGAACAGACGCUAAAGGAUGUUCCACAGCCUGCCGAAGUCCAGCUGGACUGGAAGGACAUCACCCAACUUCUCACACAGAAGCUCAAGGCCGAAAACUUUGUCGAGACUCAGAGAGGCUUUGAUCUACCCGACCAUUCAGCAGGAAGCGAAGACGAUAAGAACCUGGGAAAUCGCCUGUUUGAAGAGUUCAAGAAGCUUGAGAUGGAGCCCUGGACUGACAAACACUACGUUCAGCUGCAGACGCCAGACAGCAAUCGCCCAAACCGUGUCGUUUUUGGUUCAGAGGUCUUCGAGCCGAAGGGAUAUCUUGCAUACAGCGCUACUGGGAAAGUUCAGGGCAAGCUGGUGUAUGGCAGCUAUGGUCGUAAAGAAGAUCUGGAUGUUCUGCAGAAGAAGAACGUUGAGCUGAAAGACUGCGUGUUGCUGCUCCGAGCUGGAAAACUUAGCUUUGCGGAGAAGGUAAAUAAUGCUGAAGCAAAGGGGGCCUCUGCUGUUCUAAUCUAUCCUGACACUCAAGACUACUCGUAUACAAACGAAAUUGAACUCUACGGACAUGUCCAUCUGGGUUCAGGCGACCCCUACACCCCUGGAUUCCCCUCCUUCAACCACACCCAGUUCCCCCCAACUAAGUCAUCUGGUCUCCCCAAAAUCCCAGCCCAGACUAUCACCGCCGGCGUGGCAACAACUCUUCUAAAGAAAAUUGGAGGCCCUGCAGCAGAUGCAAGCUUUAAAGGAACCAUCCCCUCAGUGUCUUACACACUGGGAGGCAACGAGAACGUCACUGUUGAGGUGAACAACGUGCUGGUCAACAAGGAGCUCCACAAUGUGUUUGGAGUCAUCAAAGGAUUCCAAGAUCCCGAUCGUUACGUUGUGCUGGGAGCCCAGAGAGACGCCUGGGGGAAAGGUUAUGCCAAAGCAGCUGUUGGCACAUCCAUGUUGUUAGAGCUGGCCAAGGCUGUUCAUGAGAUGGUGGAGAAAGAUGGAUUUAGGCCCAGGAGAAGUCUGGUGUUUGCAAGCUGGAGUGCUGGAGAAUAUGGAAGUGUUGGCGCCACCGAGUGGUUGGAGGGUUACAUGUCCUCUAUUGACAAAAGCGUUUUGACCUACAUAAGCCUGGAUGGAGCGGUCAUGGGUCGUGGAAGCUUUAUAGCCUCAGCAAGUCCACUGCUGUACAGCCUCAUUGAGAGCACAAUAAAAGAGGUGAAAAGUCCUAUUGGUUCUGGUACCGUGUAUGAUAUGGUGGACAAAAGUAACUGGGAGGCCAAAGUGCUGAGACCAAUGGCAAUGGACGACCCCGCUUAUCCGUUCUUGGCCUUCUCUGGGAUUCCCUCUAUCUCUUUUCACUUUAUCACUCUUAAUACUGAAUACUAUACCUACUAUGGUACCAACCUGGACAACAUGGAUCACCUCGGUUAUCAAACCAACCACCUCACCGGUGAAAUAACCGUAAUAGCUGCACAGUUUGCUGGCCAGAUGGCUCUGCGACUGGUCCAUGACCACCUGCUCAACCUGGAUGUGAGCCGAUACGGAGGCCUCAUUACCAAGUCCGUGAGCCAGGUCUAUAGACGGGUUAAACAGCUCUCUCAGUCUGGUCAGCUGAACGAUGUGAGCCCUACUUGGCUAAACCUUGCACGAGGCUCCUUCCAACGAGCCGCUAGCAGCAUCACAAACGACAUCUACAACUCAGACUUGAACGACAAGGAGGCCUGUCGCAUCCUCAACGACAGGAUCAUGAGUGUUGAGCGCUCUCUCAUCUCUCCAUAUGUGUCCCCCAUUGACACUCCUUUCCGUCACCUCCUGCUGGGCCGCGGCUCCCACACUCUGGCGUCCGUCACUGAGACCACCGACAUGGAGCAGCUCCACACCCGGCUGGCCCUGGCCACCUGGAACCUGCAAUUGUGCGCCGAUGCCAUGGUCGGUAACAUCUGGGACCUUGACAACCAAAUCUAAAGAGGGAG